AUGAAGCUCACGUUCAAGUAUCUGGACAUCAAGGGCCUCGGGGAGCCCAUCCGAUUGGCGCUGACGGUAGGUGGAUUGCCCUUCGAGGACGUGCGACUCUCCUACGACGACGUCGUGGCGCUCAAGGGCGUCGCGGGAGACCUCACCAAGCACAACGGAUCGCCGUUCGGGCAGGUGCCCGUGUUGGAGAUCGACGGGCGCCCGUUCGGUCAGUCCGGCGCGCUGCUUCGAUGGGUCGGGCGCGAGUGCGGGCUCUACCCGAGCGGGAUGAAGCAGCUGCGCGUGGACAUGGUGGAGGACACACUGGCUGAUGUCCGCCGGGUCAUGGCGCCCAACUGGUACAAGAACGCGAUGGCUCGGAAGCCGAAGGACGGCAAGCUCCCCAGGUCUACCAUGCUCAGCGAGCAGCAGGUAUCGUCGGUGCGGUGGAUGGUGCAGGAGGAGUACCUGCCCGAGAGGAUGUGGCAGAUCGAGCGCCUGCUGAUGGAGGAGAAGGACCCCGACGCGAACGGGUGGUUCGUCUGCGGCAAGGAGCUCUCCAUCGCGGACCUCUCGCUCUACGUCAUGCUGGAGGGCCUGCUGGGCAUUUGUCCGAAGGCCAACACGUACUGCAAGGGGAUCACCGCGGAGAAGGCGCUGAUGCACUGCCCGCGGCUGGUGCGGCUCAUCAAGGAGGUCGCCAAUCAUCCCAAGAUCGCGGCGUGGAACAAGGAAAAGUGGGGCGAGCACUACGACGAGGGGAUGGGCGGCGUCACCGCGGAUCUGCACUUUCAGAGACUGGGGUUGAACCUGAGGCCCAAGCCGAAGACCGAGCCCAAGAAGCAGGCGGAGCCGGUCAACCCGCUCAAGUUUCUGUUGAUCGUCGCGCUUUACGUGGUGUUCAUGAUCCUGGUGGUGCAGUUCAUCCUCCCCGGGCGCACGGGGGGAUUCAACACGCCCAAGGCGGGCCAGGCGAGAAGGAGCGCGCUCGGCGGCGGCGAGCUGUGA